AUCUUGAUGGAGGGAGAAAGCAACAGACCUUUUCACUUUCACCCUCACCCACUCUCUUUCUUUCUCUCAACACUCUGUGUGAACUGGCAACCAUCUGGCAGCUUAUUGUAGACACUCCCGCGAGACAGUUUCCCUUCUCACAUGGCUGCGUCAGCAGCCAAUGCAAGACUGCCAUUGUAUUAUACUGAAGAAAAAGCUGCAAAAGUUCUGGAUUCACAGUUUUAAGUGCAUCUUCUGUGCUUAAGACUCAUUUGAAACAGCUCUUUGUGUCUUUCCCCUUCUGGCAAUGUGGGGAUGGACCAGACUUAUGAAAGCAAGAUGAGUUUUGAAGGGGCAGAGAGUAGACCAGCUCCACCCACCUCACUGCCUCUACAGGGCCAAGGGGGUGUGUCUUCUCAGAGGAAAAAACUGUCCGCUCCCCGUAUUAGUCUUUCAUUGGACCAAAGUGAGGAUGACCUGUUUGACACGCCAGAUGACCUCGACAUCAAUGUGGAUGAUCUGGACACACCUGAUGAAGCAGAUUAUACAGACCAUGAAAUAGACUGGGAAGAACCUCAAGCAUCCCAGCGAGAUUCUGUAAAAGAAACAGUUGAGUCCAUUCCCACAUACAGUGCUGAGGAGGAACGGCAGGAUUCCAAACUCUGGAGAACGGUCAUCAUUGGAGAGCAAGAGCACCGCAUCAACAUGAAGAGCAUUGAACCCUACCAAAAAGUCAUAUCCCAUGGAGGCUACUAUAGCAAUGGUGCAAAUGCCAUCAUUGUGUUUGCUGCGUGCUUCCUUCCUGACAGUGAUAGAGAGGACUAUCACGAGAUCAUGGAAAACCUCUUUCUGUAUGUUAUCAGUACACUGGAGCUCAUGGUAGCAGAAGAUUAUAUGAUUGUUUACUUAAAUGGAGCCACACCACACCGGAGGAUGCCUGGCCUCAAUUGGCUCAAGAGAUGCUACCAGAUGAUUGACAGGAGGUUGAGAAAGAACCUAAAAUCUUUCAUCAUUGUUCAUCCGUCAUGGUUCAUUAGGACAAUUCUAGCCAUCACAAAACCUUUUAUCAGCUCAAAAUUCAGCAGUAAGAUAAAAUAUGUGAACAGCUUAGCUGAACUGGAGGAACUCAUCCCAAUGGAGUAUGUCCACAUACCUGAAUGCAUCGUCAGAGUGGAUGAGGAGUUGCGGGAAGCUGCGGAAAGCUCUAGAAUCAACAGCUUUCUCCAAGGAAGUGAGAUUCCACAAGAACCUAUAGCUCAGCCCAAUGCUAGCAGUUCAUAGGAACCAUUGGAUGUCGGUACAAGAACAAAACUGUAUGUCUGUAAAGGAUGUUUUGAGUAUUUCAAAUUGUAAUGAUUGCACACUGGUGUGGAUACAAUAAUUGCAUAAAAUAAGAGAAAUGUUA